UGUAAUUCUCCACUACUGCUCACGAGCACGUUCGCUUCACCCAGCCAUAGCCCUGCUGUGCAGUAUGUCGAACCAUGUGUACGGUGAUCAUGUGCUUCCUUAUACGCCAGCUGUGUAAGUUCCUCAUCAGCGUGUGGGCCACGCGAGAAGCUUCAGCUCAAAUCAGCCCAGCAAACACAGACAGCCUGCAGCAGCUGGAGGAGACGGUCAGCUCGGACAACAGUGAAGAACCUGCUAAACACUAAAACACACAGAGAUCCUCAGAGUUGGUCAGGACUGAAGCAGCGGUGAGGACAGACCUCCUCCCUCCUUCCCUCCGUCUGACGGUUCUCCCUCACUCCUCCCCCUCUCCUCUUCGCUGCCCUGACAGCUCUGACCCCGCUGACCCCUGGAUAUUCCUGCAGCGAGUAAAGCCACCAGAGCAGGGCGGCGUGGGGGGAGGCCGGGGGGCUAAUUAAUGAGCUCUGAGAAUGAAACCGGGCUGCUGACGGGCAGUGGAGACGCUGAUAUUCACACUCCGCUCACCAGGCUGGAUGUGUGUGCCCCCGGGCUGGCCCCGAGUGCCCAGAGUCCAAAGCGGAAUCCACCACGGCGGCCGCCGGGAGCCCAGCGGACGUAGAAGACGUAGCGGAAAUGCCCACCGAGACUCUGCAGGCAGAUAGCAAGCCGGCCGUUGGCCAGUGUGGUGGUGGUGGCGGUGGUGGAGGAGGCAGCUUCGCUUCGGCUGUUCCUUUACGCAUCCUCAAUAAAGGUCCAGAGUACUUCCGGCGGCAGACCGAGCCCAAUCCGAAGCGGCUAAGUGCCGUGGAGAGGCUCGAAGCCGACAAGGCCAAGUACGUGAAGAGCCAAGAAGUCAUCAACGCUAAACAAGAGCCAGUAAAGCCCCAAGUUUUGGCGAAACCACCCGUCUGCCCUGUUCCAGUAAAGAGAAGUGCAGGCUUCGGGGCCUCCUCCCUUAAAGCCUCCAAUAACAACGCUAAAUCUGACACAUGUGCAACCACAACCAAGCGCGAAAACCUCAACCUGGAGAUCCUCAAGAACAUCCUCAACAGCUCUUCCUCGUCCGAAGGUCCGGCUAAAGCUUCCAAAGUUGGUGCCAGAAGCUGGGCACCCCACCGUUCCUCUGAAACCUCAGAGUCUGGUUUCACAGAGUCGCUAAAAGUGCCGUCAUCAGCUCUGAUGCAAGGCCGGAGGAGCCCACAAGGAGGCGGUGGUGGCAGCAAUCUGAACCUGAGUCGACGGCUGUUAGAGGACCGGGGCGACGGUCACGGCGAGAGGGCGCAGAUUCACGCUUCGCAAAGCUCUUCAGACAUCCGGCGGCUGUGUAACGGGAAGCCGUUUCGUUCCUCAGCUCGAAGUAGCAGCAGUUCUGCACCUCCACUGCCUCCAAAACCAAGCGCCAAGGCUCUGGCAGCCUGCGACAACCUUCUGGACCGCCAGCCCAUGGGAGGGACGCCUGGAGAGUUGGAGUUGGGCGUUGGAGGUUCCUCGGUGACUCGCAGGCCCUCUUUGCACCGAUCAAAGUCAGACUUAAGCGACCGCUACGCUAGAGCCGGAGCCGACGUCGAACGCUUCUUCAACUACUGCGGCCUGGACCCCGAGGAGCUAGAAGGGGUUGGGGUGGAAAGCUUCGCUCGGGCGAACUCUGACAUCGUCUCGCUCAACUUUCGCAGCGCUAGCAUGAUCAGCUCGGACUGCGAGCGGUCGCGGCACAGCAACGACGAAGACGGCCUGUCCGACGACGAGGAGGACGAGGACGACCCGGCCGAGAGAGUGCCGUACGGGAUCUCGGCCGUGGAGAGAAACGCCCGCGUCAUCAAGUGGCUUUACAGUAUUAAACAGGCGCGAGAGUCUCAGAAAGUCUCGCACGUCUGAGAGACGAUGAAUUAACAGAACCUGCUCAUGUCAGUGAUCAGUGCACUGUCCGAAAUCUUGAAAGGACUUAUUAGCAAAGCUUUUUAUUGUUGUUGUUUUUUUCCUAGUUUGCAGUCCUGUUUAAGCUCUGCUCCAGCUGGGUUAGUCACUAAUUAGGGGUCAGGGCUGUAAUUGGCUGAUUGGUACAGAAUAUGUUCUCUGUGGAACGAUGUUCAUGAUGGUGUUACACUACAGGAUACAACCAAUAACAAUCAAUAACAGUGUCCCAUGUGACCCUGUCCAAUAGCAGGGGUUUUGCUACAAUCAGUAUGAGUGGGAGGAGGUCUAUUAUCAGUGCAAAUAGAGCAAAUUUAUCCUGGUUUAAAUUAUCCCACAAUCUUUACACUCACAGAUAUGCAGUUUUUACUGUUAGAAUGUAAAAACGUUAGAUUCAUACUGGAUUAGAAUCACCCCACAGUUAUGGUGCUCCAACUGUUAAAUUCUGCAAACAUUUGCAGAUUAAGACUGGUUUAAACACUCCACAGUAUGAACUGAGUGUUAAAGCUACAUAUUCUGUAACUACAUUUGAAUGUUUUUAGCCAGUAUGAAUCUGCACAGUGAUAAAGCUACAUACUCUGCACAUUCAUAGUGGUUAACAAAAAACGCACUCCAUUUUAUUUACUGAUUAUACAAGCAACAUACUCUGCUCUACACACACUGUAGACACAUACUGGAUUAAAACAAAACUGAUAAAAAAAAAACACACACUGCAGAUUGAAACUGGAUAACACUACUCCUGUGUAAGAGACUACACUAUGCAGAUUCAUACUGGAUUAGAAUUACUUCACAGUUAUUACUGUCAGACUGUCAACACUAGAUACACUGCAGAUUCAUACUAGAUUAAAAUCAUAUUACAGUUAUUACUAACUACACAUACACAUCAUACUGGAUAAAAAUCACUCAACAAUUAUUACUGUCAGACUGUAUAAACUACACAUACUGCAGAUUCAUACCGGAUAAAAAUCACCCCACAGUCUAUUAAUAGAUAUUAGUCUAUUUAUUCCUGUAAACUGUAGAUUCAUACUGGAUUAAAAUCACUGCACAAUUAUUACUGUCAGACUGUAUAAAUUAGACAAACAUCAAAUUCAUACUGGAUUAAAAUCACUCAAAGUUAUUAGUCAAACUGUCAAAAGUAGAACUUUUUAAAUUAAUACUGGAUUAAAAUCACUCGACAAUUAUUACUGUCAGCCUGUAUAAACUACACACACUGCAGAUUCAUACUGGAUUUAAAUCACUCCACAGUUAUUAAUGUCAGACUGUAUAAACUACACACACUGCAGAUUCAUACCGGAUAAAAAUCACUUCACAAUUAUUACUGUCAGACUGUAUAAACUAGACACACUGCAGAUUCAUACUGGAUAAAAAUCACUCAAUGAUUAUUACUGUCAGACUGUAUAAACUAGACACACUGCAGAUUCAUACUGGAUUUAAAUCACUCCACAAUUAUUAAUGUCAGACUGUAUAAACUACACACACUGCAGAUUCAUACUGGAUUUAAAUCACUCCACAAUUAUUAAUGUCAGACUGUAUAAACUACACACACUGCAGAUUCAUACUGGAUUUAAAUCACUCCACAGUUAUUAAUGUCAGACUGUAUAAACUACACACACUGCAGAUUCAUACCGGAUAAAAAUCACUUCACAAUUGUUAAUGUCAGACUGUAUAAACUACACACUCUGCAGAUUCAUACUGGAUUAAAAUCACUCUGUCUGUCUGUAAAAUUCUUAAUUAAAAUCAGUCUAUUAAUUUCUGUAAUUCCUGUAGAUUCCUACAGGAUUAAAAUCACAUCACAGUUAUACCAUUCAGUCAAUAAAAUCAACAGUCACUUUCUUAAUUUAAAUCAGUCUAUUAUAUUCCUGCAACCUGUAGAUUCAUACUGGAUUAAAAUCACUUCACAAUUAUUACUAUCCAACUGUAAAAUUCAAAACAAUUCAUACUGGGAUGAAAUCCCAGAUCUUUCUGGAGAUGGUUUAGAUUCUGUGUAAGGCUGAUCCAGCUCGAGCAGGGCUUUAGUUGCUUUACGCGUUCAGUGUCUUCGGAAUCUGCAUGACCCCCCCAAACACACUCGACCCCUGCGGCCUCCAGCUAACGCAGCUCGUUACGGUACCAGUGUCUGUUAUUAUUAGAGAAUUACGACUCGCGGCGAUCAAUAGCCGCUUUUCCACUGCAGGACUGAGAGGUUCUGAGUACGGGGGGAUGGGGAACGGUACUGGUAGCGUUACCACACGGACUCGUUCAGAGCGCUUAUUAACCGGGCUGGAACCGGUUUUCUCAGCAUGGUUAGCUGACAGUACCUGGCACCAUAGGAGCAUUCAGUGGGAGGGGUUGAAGCCUGAAGGAUCUACUUGUUAGCUGCCUGGUCACUAGCGUUGCUAACUCUGCGCUAGUUAUUUUAAGUUGGAUAAACCUGGUAGCUAGCAUUGCUAACUACCAGGCUUAAAGGAGAAAUCAGGUGUGAAAUGGAUUUGGGUUGUAGUGAAACAUGAUAACAAGUACAAACUUUUGUCAAAUAGCCCACCUCUGUUUACCCCUAGCAUUUCCAAAUACAGUGCUUUUAUCUGAUGCUCUCAACAGGCUUAUAAUGGUAGUGAUAGGGGCAUAGAGCUGCCAUGCCAUUUUUUUUUUUACACAAUUAACAAGAUCAAAGCAGUUCCACACUUUAUUUAAGGCACGAGACACUGAGAAUUUAAAACGUGCAAAGAUAGUUUAUUAAAAGGAAAAGAAUACUGUUCAGUUCGCGCUUAUAAGAACCGUCUUUUUUAGCAAACCAGCCCACGUGUCCACCAGUUUUAGUGGAACCGUCAAAACGUCACAUCAUAUGUCAUCAGUAGAAGGCGUGUCACAGUGGUGGUGAACAAAAGCGGUCAUGGUUGGUGCUGAAGAACCUAGUAUUCUUCGGUUCCCUCUGCGAACAAAGGUUUCUGGUUCUAUAACCUACUUUUGUUGUUAAAAAUUAGGUUCUUGAACCAGAACAGUACCUUCAGGUAGUUCUCCGGCCACCACCGUCUUGAAAUCAAGUCAAGUCGAAUGAUGAGCACGAACGAAUAGAUAGGAAAGAGAACAGAUUGCAAAAUGUAUAACCUUCAUAUUUUGCCUUCUUUGAACUUAUAUUGCAUCAACUUCAGUCUAAAACUGGAGUUUUAAAAGUGACUUAUCAGCUGUAGUAUCGUUCAUGCUCAUUGGCCGACUCAUUGUGACUUAAUUUGAAGAUGUUGGUCUCCCAGAGAGCUACCUGAAGGUACUGUGUGUAUAAACAGUGUUUUUAACAAAAUAACAAUAGUGAUUUCUUUGUAUGCUUAAUGUUAUGGCCCUAUUUCUAGCAUUGUACGUGUGUUGGAAGUCCAUUUCACCUCAGAUUUCACCUUAAACGACGUUGAAUGAGCUCGUACGUUGACGUAGCUAAUGCCUUGUUAGCGAUGUAGCAUGAGCCCAGACACCUGCAUUGUGAACAUGACAUGAUGUUAGCUAUGUUGGAUGAUGCUGGUAGUAAUGUGGGAUGAGGCUAGAAGCUACAUUAAACACAAAGCUGUGCAUUUUGCAUUUAGUUAGCUAGACUGCUCUGUUCCAUGCACUUCCUGUUCCUGCUUUAGCAACACAGCAAAUACAGAAAAACAGAACUGGUACCCAGGCUAACGGAUCCGCACCAGCACAGAACGCUACAGCACAGCUUUAGCAAUCCUUUAGCCCUGCAGUGGAAAAGCUGCCUUUCUGCCUCUGAGUCCAACCAUCGUUACGAUGCCAGCUCCUGUUAGGCGCCUUGUUUUAUUUGGGUCGUUUUUUUGUGGGCGUAACUCUGUUCGGGUGCACUGAGCCAGGAAGCCAUAUGGGAAUGAAUGCAGAGCAUCAGUGUGUUUAGAUGUCCUUUACUUUUAGUGUUCUUUUAUCUUUCUUUACUUUUUUUAAACUUUUCCGGUGAUGCAUUAAGCCCAGUGUGUGUAUAUAAUUCUCUGUGUGAAUAGGUGCUGCAGAAGCAUGUUCGGCCCAGACUCCCAAAACCCCUCCUCUCUCCCACCCAUAGUCCUUUAGAACGGUCCAGCUUCACUCGGUCAGCAUCACAGCAGUGGAAACGCUCCAGCAGCAUCAUCACAUCAUACCAUCGCAAACCAAUCGUAACAUCGUAACACAAUCGCAGCGUUACGUAGUUUCUCCUCUGUUCCUCUGUUCGUCGUCCAUUACGUUCCCAGUUCCAGACAGUUAUUUUUCUUUGUGGUACUGAUUGUUUUGACGGUGUAAAUGCUGUAAGAAAUAUGUACAUAAUUUUAAAGUUGUUGGCAAGAAAAAAAAUCAUCUAAGAAAAGAAAAAACAAAAAUGUAACAAAAAUUAAUAAAAAAAAAAACAUUGUUGUGUGAUGAAGAUCCCACUACGCUACUCCAGCCUGUAGCUCCCAGUCUGUCCCUGUCUCUGGGCUCGCAUCGCAAGACUGUCCAUCAUCAACUCUGUACAUCACUGUUGUUAAAACAACAUAUAUGUUAGGUAUAUUCCAGUUGUUACUGAGCUGUUAUGUUUAUAUUUUAGUUCUUUUUCAUUAUUUCAAUAAAUGGCUAAUUUUGCCAUCUUUUGCCAUC